AUGCCGGGCGAGUGCACUCUCCUCCUGGCGCUCCUGGCGCUGCUCGUGGAGCUGCCGCCCACCGUGGCCCAUCAGCACCGCACCGGGAACCACGGAGCUGGCCCCACCGGCACUCCGGCACCGCGCCGAGCCCCACGAGGACGCUGGCCCCCCGCCACCCUGCCUGCCCCCAGCAAGACAGAGAACCCGGGCUACUGCCCCCGCACCGGUAGCGCCGUCGGGGCCAGCUGCCGCACCGGCUGCCACAACGACACAGCGUGCGGCCCCGGGGAGAAGUGCUGCUCCCGCGGCUGCUGCGCCCGCUGCCUGCACGUCGAGCCGGCCAAACCCGGCCUCUGCCCGCGGAGGCCGGCCCGGAGGAGCGCUGCCGUCUGCCCCAACCGCUGCGCCGACGACCGGGACUGUGCUGAGGACCGCAAGUGCUGCUUCUCCGGCUGCGGGCUGGCCUGCCUCCCCCCGGACACAGGGAGCCGCCAUGCCACAGCAAAGCCUGGCGUGUGCCCUGUGGUGCUGCGGGGCUCCCUGGGACCCUGUCUGGAACUCUGUGACACCGACGGCGACUGCCCGGGGACUGCCAAGUGCUGCACCACUGGCUGUGGCCGCGUCUGCAAACCACCCACUGAGGGUAAAGCCACCAGUGCCCUACCUCACCCCUCUCUCUCUCUGCAUGUGCCAGCAGGGCCUGGGCUCUGUCCCCUGGCAGCUGAUGGUGACGGGGCAGCUGAGUGCCACCUCCUGUGCCUGCAGGACCAAGAUUGCCCACCCAGCCAGAAGUGCUGCCUGCAGGGCUGCAGUCGGAUGUGCAUCCCCCCACUGUGGGGGCAGCUGCAGAAGCCCGGGAGGUGCCCACGGGACUUCACCCGCUGCCUGCACCUGCAGCCCCCGCUCUGCACCAACGACUCCAGCUGCCCCAGCUGGCACAAAUGCUGCCUCCGAGACUGCCGGCGCCGCUGCACCCCCCCCAGCAGAAGAGGAGCUCUUCAUGCGCGGCCGGCACCCCCUUCCCACGGCUCCCAAGGCCGGCACGGGACACGUGGCGGGGUCUGGCAGGGGCGGAUUUCCCGGUGCUGCCCCGGGAUGCCGUUGGCACAGCCUCUCAACGUUGCAGAAAAGCCCGGCGUCUGCCCGGUGGUGGCCCCCGAGGGCCUCUUCGCCCCCUGCUCUUUCCCCUGCCUGGAGGACAAAGACUGCCUGGGAGCACAGAAGUGCUGCCCGCUGGGCUGCGGCCCUGCCUGCCUGGAGCCGGUGCAGGAGCAGCCCAAACCCGGGGAGUGCCCCGUGGCGCAGCCGGGGCUGGCGGGGCCGUGCCGGGAGUGGUGCCGACGCGACGGCGACUGCCCCGACGCGCAGAAAUGCUGCAACAGCAGCUGUGGGCGCCAGUGCAUGCCGGCAGCCCCUGCCGGAACCCCGACGGCCGCGCCAGCCUGGCAGGAGGGAACAAGGUGCUGGAAUGACGGAGACUGCGGCAACGGGGAGACGUGCUGCGGCGGCCGGUGCGCGGGGCUGUGCCUCGCCGAGCACCAAGGAAAAGCCGGCUUCUGCCCGGCCCGCGCUGGGCUGUUCCCCAGCUACGACUGCAGAGCCCGGUGCUGGCACGACGCCGAGUGCCCCCGCGAGGAGAAGUGCUGCCUGCGCGGCUGCGACUACGUCUGCCUGCCCCCGGCUCCAGAGAAACCGGGCAUCUGCCCCCUGGCCGAGGAGCUGCCGGCCGCCGCCGCCCCGUGCGGCCCCGCCUGCGCCGGGGACGAGCAGUGCCCGACGGCUGAGAAGUGCUGCAGGACCAGAUGUGGCCGCGUGUGCAUCGCCCCCGAGCCAGACAAACCUGGUGAGUGCCCGAAGGUGAGGCCGCGGCAGACGCCGGAGCCGUGCACUGAGCAGGACGCCUGCGCCCACGACAGAGACUGUCCCCGGCAGGAGAAGUGCUGCUUCUCCGGCUGCGCCAUGCGCUGCGCCCGCCCUGCCCGAGAGCACCCUGGGGAGUGCCCCCGGGCAGAGCCGUGCUGGGACCCCCGGCGCCGUCGCGGGAGCCGGUGUCUGGAUGACAGCGUCUGUCGGCAAGAGGAGAAGUGCUGCGACACCGGCUGCGGCUGGGACUGCGUGGCCGUGCCCAGAGAGAGCCGGGACGGGGCUGGCAGCCGGUGCGUGGAGGAGUGUGUGGCCGAUGCAGAGUGUCCCCGGGGACAGAGGUGCACCAGCACUGGCUGCGGCCGCGUCUGCAUGGACAUCCCCGGAGGCAGAGUGGGAGUGUGCCCCGUGCCCAGGGAGGGGGGGACAUGCCUGGACCUGUGCAGCUUCGAUGAAGAAUGUCCCUGGGGUCACAAGUGCUGCAGCAACGGCUGCGGCCACGUCUGCACGCCCGCCUCCCUGCAGGAACACGAGGCUGCAGUGGUGCCACAGUACCGUGCUGAGCCGUGUGUGGAGGAGUGCGAGGCCGACUCACAGUGUCCUUGGGGACAAAGGUGCACCCGCACUAGCUGUGGCCACACCUGCACGAGUACCCCUGGAGCCAGAGAGAGAGCAUGCCCAAUCCCCAGGGACCACGGGAUAUGCCUGGACCUCUGCAGCCUCGAUGAGGACUGUCCCUGGGGCCACAAGUGCUGCAGCAACGGCUGUGGCCACGUCUGCACACGGUUGCCUGGUGAUGUCGCAUGACAGAACAGCAGCAGCUCCAUUGCAGGAAGAUGCCCUUGUUAGGGGACAUGCUGGGGUGAUGUGCCCCAGCUGGCCUGUCCCCUCCCCAACACCUCCAGCAAUAAAGUGCCUGUGUGGCCA